UGAUACACACAAAAAUAAUACGACGACCAAAUUUUUAAAAUUAGUCACGCCGAAGACGAAAGGUCCGAAACUUAUCACUUCUUAUUUCUCUCAUUCUCUUCCUCUACGUCGUUGUCUACUUUCGUGCCUCCGCUGAUGAUGAAAGACAAAGAAGAGCGAAGGAACUGGGCGGAGCUUCCGUCGGAGUUGACGUCUCUGAUCCUGGGCCGACUUGGUGCAGUUGACAUACUUGAAAAUGCUCAGAAGGUGUGCACACCGUGGCGACGCGUCUGUAAAGACCCUUCGAUGUGGAAGAAGAUCGACUUGCGAGACCUUAGGAACAGUGGAAUGGGAGACUUGGAUUUCGAUAUCUUGUGCCGUCACGCUGUUGAUCUCAGCCAGGGCGGCUUGCUGGAGAUCCACAUCGAGAACAUUACUACCGAUAGACUCCUCACCUACAUCGCCGAUAGAUCGAGGAAUCUGAGAAGUCUUGGACUUCGAAUGUACUAUUCAUCAGGUGUGACGAAAAAAGGACUUGUGAAGGCAAUCACAAAACUUCCAUUGCUUGAAACCCUCGAGGUCUCACACUCAUUGAUUAAACUCGAUUUAAAAGCUAUAGGCUACUCUUGCCCACAGCUUAGGACAUUGAACCUAAACUCCUCAGGGUUGUCAGGCUUACCCUAUUUCGUUAAACGUGAUGAUGAUGAUUAUGCUCUAGAAAUCGUUGAAAGCAUGCCCGGUCUACGCCACCACCAGCUUCUAGGCAACAUGCUACAAGAAAACAAGGAUGUAACCGACGGAAAUACCGACGGCCUUAAAUCCGACCGACGGAAAACCGAUCAAUUUUUGACGAAAUUAUUUUUAUCGGUACCUGUCGGUUUUUCGUCGGUAAAUUACCGACGGAUUUAAUUACCGAUGGAUUUAAAACCGUCGGUAAUUAUUUAGAAUUUUGACGGACUACCGACGGAUUAGGACCGUUAGU